CAGAGAGCUACUCCUCCUCUGGGAGUUGGGAAUAAUUGGUAAUAGAUAUGGCAGACACUGAAGAGGUUAUGGAGGAAGUUCAGGAAGAAGUGGAUGAUUCAAGAUCCAAACCUAAGUUUCUGUCAAAUAUUCAGGCACCAAAAAUUCCAGAUGGAGAAAAAGUAGAUUUUGAUGACAUCCACCGCAAGCGUCAGGAGAAGGACCUGGCUGAGCUGCAAUCCCUCAUAGAGGCUCACUUCCUCCAGAGGAAAAAAGAAGAGGAGGAGCUCAUUGCUCUGGUCAAUAGGAUUGAGAAACGCCGUGCGGAGAGAGCUGAGCAGCAGAGGAUUCGAGCAGAGAGAGAGAAGGAGCGGCAGGCUAGAUUAGCUGAGGAGAAGGAACGGAAGGAGCAAGAGGAACAGAGGAAGAAGCAGGAUGAAGAUGUCAAGAAGAAGAAGGCUCUCACCAGUAUGACCCAUCAGUAUGGAAGCCUUCAGCAGAGGGGGGAGGGCCGCAAAGGAGCCAAGAAGCAGACAGAGAGAGAGAAAAAGAAAAAGAUUUUGGCUGAGCGACGAAAGCCUCUGAGCAUUGAUCACCUCACUGAGGACAAGCUCAAGGAUAAAGCCAAGGAGCUGUGGCAAUGGCUGACGGAACUAGAGGCAGAGAAGUUUGACCUAGGGGAGAAGCUGAAACGACAGAAAUAUGACAUCACCCAACUCCUUGUUCGGGUCCAUGAACAUCAGAGUGCAAAGGGGCGCAGCAAGGUCAAAGUAGGCGGUAGGGUGCGCUAGAGAGCCAACGGCGCCAACGGCCGAAGCCCAAGGAUGCAAAGUCUUUUGUGUUUUGCAGUUGUCAUUAAAACUAAUGCAAGUGCAGGUACAAGAACAA